CACGGACGUGCUCUUGAUCGGGAGUGCAAUCGGAAGAAGAGUUAUUGCUCAGCGAUAAUAAAAUAAAACGACGGAAUUAUUCUACGGUGAUAGUGAAACGUUCCCUUCUCGGUUUGCCAAUGUAAAACUGACCCCUGGUGUUGAACGCAGCAGUUCCGCAUCUAGCAUCAAACGACGGGAGACGUGGCCAGCAGCAGAAUCUGGAAUUGCUGACAAAUACGGGACGCGGCUGAAACAUAAUGUCGCGUGUGCAAGUAUUGUACGAUUUCUCGGCGGAGCCCAACUCGGCAGAGAUCACCAUCACGGCGGGCGAAAUCCUGUCGGUCACAAGUACCGACGUCGGCGAAGGAUGGUGGGAAGGCACCAAUUCCCGCGGUCAACGCGGUUUGUUCCCUGCUGCGUAUGUGGAAGUCCUGCCGAACAAUCCGGGACCACCGCAGAUGCCACCGCCACCGUUGAUUCCGGCGGUCAAGCAACAACCACAGCAGCAGCAGCAACCACCGCAGCCGCAGCAGCAAGCACAACAAGGGGGACAUCGGUACGAUCCGACAUCGGAUGAUUGGGGGGAACAGCAGGACGAUUGGGAUGAUGAUUGGGACGACGAUAAUGAUACGUAUUCGGAAAUUGGUCCAGCGAGUGGUGGAGGAAAACCGGAAGCAGCAGCGGGAAGCGCCCAUAAUCAGAAUGGGAAUUUCCAAAACAGUAGUUACUAUGCAAAUGCCAACUUGCCGGCACCACCUGCCGGGGUGCACAACAAUGAUGGGGAUACAGUUUCAAUUAUGACGGUUGGCGGAACCAGAAGAACGACAUCGUCUGGCAAAAUUUUCUCCAAAACGGGCGACGCCUAUCUGCUGGGAUUGAGCGUACCUGCCGUGUCCGAGAGCGACCGGGUGCAGAUUCUGCAAACGGAACAUGGAAUCAUUUGGAAACCGAUGCGCGAUAGCUACACGGUUACAGUAGAUUCACCAAAGAAAGAGAAGAAAUUCAAUGGCCUUAAAAGCUUCAUCGCUUAUCAGCUGACGCCUUCGCUAAACAACCAUCCAGUAUCGCGCCGGUAUAAACACUUCGAUUGGCUUCACGAGCGGCUGCUGAAUAAGUACUGCCUGAUUCCGAUUCCACCGUUGCCGGAUAAGCAAAUUUCCGGACGAUAUGACGAAGAGUUUGUUGAGCAUCGUCGUGUGCAACUGCAGGAAUUCGUUGAUUGGAUGUGCCGACAUCCGGUGCUGUCUACCUGCGCGGUCUGGAUGCACUUCCUUACGUGUACCGACGAGAAGAAAUGGAAAACAGGCAAACGCUCGGCCGAGAAGGAUCCCCUGGUGGGAACCACCUUCUGUGCGUCAAUCUUCCCACCGGACAAAACGCUCCUCCCCUCGCAAGUCGAAACCCAGGUGGACGCGUGCACCCUAUUCGUUCCUCAGAUGAACUCCGCCGUCAAGACCCUGUUCCAAAUCUGCAGCGACGAGUCGAAAAAGUUCCAGGGACAAUGGAAACAGGACUAUCAGCGUAUUGGCGAAGGCCUAUCGGAGCUGGCACGAUCUCUCGAAAUCGACGAACGUCGCCAGAAAACCGAGAUCAGUUUGGCCAACUCGGUCGGCCAUGCGGCCGGAAUCUUCAUCAGCAUCGGUCAGAUGUACGCCGACCAACCGAAACAUGAUUUCAUUCCCUUCUCGGAUCGCUUGCACAUCUACCGGGGACUGUUGAACACCUAUCCGGACUGUCUGAACGAGUACCGGAACGGCAUGCAGAAGCGGAAAGAGUGCGAAAAGCUAACGGCCGAGCAGAAGAUGGAGAACAGCCAGCUGGCGGAAGUCAACCGGAGGGUGGAUGUGAUGUCCUACGCGGUCCUCGCCGAGAUGGCGCACUUCCGCCAGGAGCGGGACACCCACCUCAAGGACACAUUGCGGAACUUUAUCGGAGCGCAGAUCGAGUUCUACCAGAACAUUGUGCGUCGGUUGGAGCAGGCGCAGUCGCAUUUCUAAGUGAGUUGCUUUUUCCUUAUUGCUAUUAUUAUGCUGCAGUUUAGGUAUAUCUUUAUGUAAGCUCAUUACUGUCAGUUAUGAUUGCGGAAUAGGCCGAUUAGGUUAUAGAAGUUGCCUGAGACGAGAAAAGGGAAGCAUUAUUAUUAAUAUGUACCCACCUAUAUUGAUAUGCGUUGUGUUGUAAUUAUUUGGACCUAGUUUAUUCUGCCGAGACAAUAAGAAAUGUAUUUGCUGGUCUGCUCAUAGCCGGUAGGUUACUUGCGUUGGUUAUUUCUUUCUCAUUUUUCGAACACACACUCACUUUAAACUGUCAUUACUCUGUACAUAUUGCAAUUUGCAUUGAGCUCCCAUUUGCUGACUUGAAUCAGUCCAAAUUUGAAUGAAAGCAGUGGAGUAUCAUGUAUUUUCAAUUAACACCCUGAAACUGAAACAAUUAACUGAUUUAGGCGCCUACACACAGUGGGACGAAUUCAAAAAAAGUGGGACAUGGCUAUUUGCGACAAAACGAUUGAGUAUAGCUUUUUGUUGUCUUCUAGAAUGUUUCUUUAUUUUUUAAGUACUUUAUUUAAGUAGUUAAAAAUUUGGUUAAGGAGGGUAUACACUCAGAUAAAAAAAAUAACUUUUUUAUGUCUUGUUAAAUUUGAUGAACACCUAUGGAAACAUUGAAGAUGAAGUCUUUUUAAGAAACUUUGUGCAAGGUGUAAACUCGUUGCCAGAUUUAGAACACGGGUUCGUAACCUUACCAUAAUCCAAUGUUAUGCGCCAACCGAUGCUGCCGAGCUACAGGACAAGGAGAAUUUUUACAGUCAACUGAAUGCCGUCGUGGAUAAGGUUCCAAAGGGUGACAUCAAGAUCUACACUGGCGACUUCAAUG